AUGGCAACAAAAGCAGCUUUUACAUCAAUUAAGACUGUUUUUCCAGGAGAGACAUUUGAGUAUGUUCAAGGAGCAAGAUUUGGUGAUGGAAUAAUAAAAAGGAAUGGUGUUCCUACAAUUUCAAGAGCAGGGAUAUUAAAAUAUCAACAACAAACGAAGUACUAUCAUGUAUUUAGUGAUUUAAAAAAAUAUCAUCCUUCAAUUGAAGAUGUUUGUGUUGGUAAAAUUGUUAAACGAGUUAAAGAUAAGUAUCUUGUUGACAUCGGUUCAUAUUGUUAUGCUGAACUUGAUUUUCUUGCAUUUGAAAAUGCUACAAAAAAAAGUAAACCCAAUUUAUUAGACGGAGACUAUGUUUAUUGUCGUGUUGUUUCUAAAGAAAAAGUUCCUCAAGUUGUUUGUGUUUCACAAAGAAAAAUGGAAGAUGGUUUUGGUGAGUUACAAGGAGGAUGGGCAUUUUCUGUACCUCAGUCAAUGUGUCGUAGAAUAAUGAGUGAUGGGUGUUGUGUUUUAACGUGUAUUGGACAAUAUACACCAUUUGAAAUUGCAGUUGGAGUAAAUGGAAUGGUAUGGGUACGAACUCCAAAUGUACUAAAUGAUGUAAUAGUAGAAAGUUGUAUCCUUCAAUGUCUUGGUGUAGUUGAAAAGAAUGUUCCUGGAACAAUCAAAUUAGUUUGGGAAAGUUGGAAACCAGUAUUAAAUUAA